AUGUGGGACAAUCCGUUGAACAAGUACCUGGACUUUGAGUCCAGAGCGAUAGAGCUUCUUCGCAGAGUUCCAUUUUUGCACGAGUACACCAGUGAUAUGAUUAGCGCACGAAUCACAUUGUUCUUGACGACGGUGGGGCUGAUGGCUCUGGUCAAUGAACUAUACAUUACGAUAGAGAUGAGCUUCCUGCAGAAAGAAACAUACGGCGAACUGAAUAGGGCUCCACUCAAUGCUGAGGACUUGAAAAAUCAUCGUAUGAUUAUUGACGACGAAUUCCAUGGGAAGGAAUGGCUGGACGAGAAAAGCGGUAUCGUCAUGGAGGAGUUUGAAAGGCUUGACCGGUUUUUCGCCAAACCAGUCCAUGUGUCGCAUCUGUACGUGGAAUGCAAUAUCAUAGAGCGUUCGCAGCCAAGCAAAUCCAAAGACAAGAUUGAUAUCGAGUGCAAAGGCCCAGAUUUAUUGUCGGAACCAUUCGUAUUCCACAUGGAGUUUUCACCCGAAGAUUGGGAGCUUGAAAAAAGGCCCGAGUUUGGAUGCAAACUGCAAGUUCUUAGACGCAAGCUGUAUCAUUUUUUCAAAGACAGUCAGUGGCAUGAACGGUAUGUUGGGCGUCAUACCGAAUCCAAAUUGAACGAGCCCUUCACGCUUUCCAGCAGCGUUCAAAUUUACAAUACGUCGCAGGAGCUGCUUCCUACCACGGUGGACGACAUUCAGUUAUGUUUCUUGAAGAUGGAGACCGGAGACACCAUCAAGUGCAAGUUUGUUGUGUAG